UUGGUAAACAAACGACAACUGAGAUAAAUGGAUGAUAUCAGUCCUCCUAUCAAAUUCCCACUCUCUUGAACUCAUUCAACCACCACUGACUCUCUGACACGUCAAAAUUAUCAUGUCCCAACACACUCUCCCCGAUCUCCCAUACGCCUACGAUGCUCUCGAGCCCUUCAUCUCGAGGCAGAUCAUGGAGCUUCACCACAAGAAGCACCAUCAAACAUAUGUGAACGCUCUCAACGCUGCCGAGGCUAGCUACGCAAAGAGCUCUACCCCCAGAGAGCGCAUUGCCCUCCAGGCAGCACUCAAGUUCAACGGUGGUGGUCACAUCAACCACUCACUCUUCUGGAAGAACCUCGCGCCUGCCUCCAGUGAGGGCAAGGGUAACGGUGGUUCCCUGAAGGCCGGUCCCCUCAAGGAUGCCAUCGAGCAGUCCUUCGGGUCGCUCGAUGCGCUCAAGAAGGAGUUCAAUGCCACUACUGCUGGUAUCCAAGGCUCUGGAUGGGGCUGGCUCGGUUUGAACCCAUCCACCAAGCGCCUCGAGAUCUCCACGACCGCAAACCAGGACCCGCUUCUGACUCUCAUCCCUAUCAUUGGGGUUGACAUCUGGGAGCAUGCUUUCUACCUUCAGUAUCUCAACGUUAAGGUUGAUUACCUGAAUGCCAUUUGGAGCGUUAUCAACUUUGAUGAGGCUGAGAAAAGGUUCACGGAGGGUCUUAGCGGAAGCAAGCUCUAAUCUCCUGAGGAGGGCAACGAGUUAAAAUGAAAAAAGAUGAAUGAAUUCGCGCCAUGUUGUAUUAUCAAUGCGUCGCUUAUCGCAAUGAAUUGUAUUUGAUGUUCGUUCUAGGACAAAGCUCCGAAAAUAGGGUUGCUGGAAAACGUUGCUUGUUCAUUCCUGGUUUGCUUUGAUGUCAUUGUUUAUAUUUACCAUAGUAUGUGAAUACGAACGCAAACCUCACGAACGCCAGCAAGGCUAACUAGACAUACAAUCGCCUGGUCUACGUGUACCAGGGUUGUUACUUGUCUGAUGUACAGCACAUCACCCUUUUCUGUCACACGGAAGCCAUUGGGAAUCUUUCGGAUGCCAAUAGUGAGAUCGGUCGCGAGAACGGCUUGGAAAGAAUCGUG